AUGGUCGAUCAACCCGGUCAGGAAACAAGUGGGAACAGGAAACUGCCAGAUAGAUGUCUGCUUCUGAGUGACAGCCGCAUCGGAGAGGAGUAUCAAGAGCUUGUUCCCAUCUGGGACAAUGGCAUUGUCAGGAUUGGACGUGAUCCACAGUCGAGCUUGUUUAUCAAGAACGACCUCGGCAACGUCGUCUCGCGCGACCACUGCGAGGUUUACGUCGUCGUGUACGACGAGGCAGUCAGCCAUGUGUACGUCCGAGACCGGAAGUCCUCCAACGGAACAUUUGUCAAUAACAUUCGCAUCGGAACCGAGUCUGAGGUUUCGCCGGGCUACCUGUUAGAGGACGGCGAUGCCAUCGAAAUCCACCCGCACUGGACCUUCACGUUUUGCGACAAUCGAAGUCCAACACUUCAUCCACUAACCCCCAUCCAGGAAGCGGAAAUCAUUAAGCUCUUCGAAGACAAGUAUCAGAUCGGCCCGCGCUGUCUCGGGCAAGGGGCAGACGGCGUCGUUUAUCUAGCCACAGAGAUCGAGACGAAGAAGCAGCUGGUCUGCAAAGUGGUUGACCUCAAGAAGAUCAGAGGCAGGAAUGCCCCGGAGGAGCUGCGACGUAAGUUGCAGGAAGCUGAUGUUUUGAGGCAGCUCCAGCAUCCAAACAUUCUGCCCUACGUCGACGCGAUAGCUUCGCCGCACUCCCUGUUCACUCUUACAGAGCUAGCAACAGGAGGCGACUUGUGGUCCUUUCUAUAUCAACGAGAUGUGGUAGGUGAGCUCGAGACUCGAGUCAUCAUCCGUCAGGUGCUUCACGCCCUCGACUACAUCCACACAAAAGGCGUGGUUCAUCGCGACUUGAAGCCCGAAAACAUCCUUCUGGCGUUUUCACCGAGCAUCACCUGCCAUCGGGUGAUGCUUUCAGACUUCGGGGCCUGUGCUGUUCCUCGUCGAAGCCGAAUGCUCACGCAUACUGGCACUGUCCAUUACCAGGCACCAGAAAUACAGGGUCAACCCCAGCUCCAGACUGCUGCCGUCGACGUGUGGUCCCUGGGCAUUGUUGCUCUCACCCUGCUCACACACCACAUGGACGUCGUCGAGUAG